CAGUGCAUUCUGGGGAGUGUGGUUCGUAGUGGACCGUAGGUGCGCCGCCUCGCUUCCGAUGAGCCACUCGCUGGGAGGAAGCUUCGUUUAGUACCCACGCUCGCUGUUGGUUAGGGGACCUUACAGGGUGAGCCCAGCUCCUCCCGGGACUGCUCUCCCUGAAUAAGCCUGUGAAGGUAGUCCGAGUCCUCUAACGAUGGAUAAAUACGUCAUUCGAACGCCUAGAAUCCAGAAUUCCCCUCAGAAGAAAGAUGCUGGAGGGAAGAUUUACAAGCAGGCUACUAUUGAAUCUCUGAAGAGAGUUGUGGUUGUAGAAGACAUAAAAAGGUGGAAAACUAUGUUGGAGCUUCCAGAUCAAAGCAAAGAGAAUCUGAUUGAAACCUUACAAGAAUUAAAGAAGAAAAUACCCUCCAGGGAAGUGUUAAAAUCCACAAAGAUAG